CGACGACGACGUAUGCGCGAAUCUUCGUCAGUCGGCGACGGAGUUGCCUGGUUGCAGCGUGGGUGGCACACGCGCGCAUCGGCCCGGCCAGACUCGAUUCGAUUAAACUUCGCCGCAACCCUCACUCGCCGUGAGCGGGGUGAGAUCUCGUGCCGAGGCUCGUUAUGCUGAAAACAUCCCUCCGCUCGUGCGACGGUAUCGCGAAACGAAAACCGGAAUAAGCAGCAUUGCGAUUCGCGCGUUUGCACCGUAGCAUCCGAGCAGAUACGUCGGGAUUGCACCACGAUUCGAGCCGCCUCCCAUCCGUACGUCAACACGCACGUUCAAGAGGAAGUGACUUGGGGUAGCGAGAUAACUGAUCUCGCCUCAGCGUCUUCGCAGAGCACGGCGGCCGCUCGAUGACCGCCUUCCUUCGUCGAGAGGACGAGGACGCCGAGGACGAGGAGAACGGUGAGUCGCGGAAGGACGAAUGUUUACGUCGCGAUCGACAAUGCCGUACGAGGGAAUCGAAACGCAAGAGACGAACAGUUGAGACAUCCUCGACGACAGUAAGCCGAUCACAAAUACAGCGAGGUCGACGCAAACGUGACGGAAUUCACGAGAUCAUGCGGAAUCACCUCUGAUCUCUUUUGACCCCGAGAAAGGCGCAACAUGAUGUGGAAGGCGAAAUGGUCACGCUUCACCGAGUGCUUCUGCCGACGACCCGGCCUCGUUCUGGUUCUGCUGCCGUGCCUGAUCGUCGUCACCCUUUACCUCAUACCGUGCGCCGACUACGAGUACGACACGCUGCAGUAUCCGUCCUUCAAGUCAUACAACGUCGCGGAAGGCAUGGUGGACGGUUAUCUCGUGUGGAAUCCGAAGUGUCACAUGCUGUCCAAAGAGCCUCUGGAUCCGUCCAUCGUGAAAUUCGUGAGGAAAGAGAAACUGGAGAAGUGUCCGAACAAUCUCGUCCUCUCGCACAUUUCGGCGGAACCUAACGGCAGUGUGCUUCUCUCCCUCGAUCCAGCCGCAACGACCACGCGUAGCGACGUCGCCUGCUGCUGGUCGUCCGUCAUCAGGCCGAAGGUGGACAAACCUAAAAAGGACAACUACGACUCUACGAUAUCAGUCAAGCAAUGUGAAAACUUUACGGGACAAGUGACACUUCCGCGCGAGGUCGAGGUGGUGUACGUGUCGUGCAAGUCGGCGACAAACGCGAAGCCCAAAGCGAAGACGAAGAACGCGAAGUCGUCGACGAAAAUAGUAUACGAGAACGUUCACGCGAUCUUGAAUCCGGAAAAGGUGCGCGAUCGCGUGGAUCACAAUAGUAGUCAAUACGGAAACUUUUCGAGGAAGCUGAGCGUGCUUGUGCUCGGCAUCGACAGCGUCAGCCGACUGAACUUCUACCGCACGAUGCCGAAAACUGAGAGGUACCUACGCGAAACCGGCUGGAUCGGCCUGAAAGGCUACAACAAGAUCGGCGACAAUACGUUUCCGAAUCUGAUGGCAAUUCUGACCGGUCAGAUGCCGCAGCAGGCAUACGCGCGGUGCAAGCCGACGGUGGCCUACAAGCUCGACAACUGUCCCUUCCUCUGGUACAACUUCCGCAACGCUGGCUACGUCACGGCCUACGGUGAAGACGAGACCAUACUUAACACGUUCAACUACCUCAAGGUCGGCUUCGUCGAGCCGCCCACCGAUUACUACCUGAGACCAUACAUGCUGGCGAGCGAGAAGCUGCUCAAGGUCAAAAAAAGAUUUAACAUGAAAUAUUGCACCGGCCCUGAGCUGAGCUUCGAGCGGAUCUUCGACUACGCCGUGAAUUUCGCCCGCACCUUUCUCGGCGUGCCGUACUUCGGCUUCUUCUGGACGAACACUAUCAGCCACGACAACAUGAACGGCAUCUCGUCGAUGGACGCUAACAUGUUGAAAAGGUUCGAAUUCCUAGAACAGGAGGGGGUGUUGAAUGAUUCGAUGAUCGUCUUCCUGAGCGACCACGGUAUGCGGUGGGGCGAUUUUCGCAACACCUUCGUCGGCUGGUACGAAGAGAGACUGCCGUAUAUCUACAUCUGGCUGCCCGAGUGGUUCCGUCGGGAGAAUCCCGAGGCCCAUCGCGCCCUCGCCGUGAACCAGAAUCGACUCACGUCGCCGUUCGACCUCUACGAGACCCUGCGGGACGUCCUCGCCGGCGGCGGCGGCGACGCCGAUCCCAGUCCUGGAUGUUCCACCUGUCAGUCCCUGUUCGCGCCUGUCUCGAGAGAGAGAGGCUGCCAGGACGCGGGGGUGGCUUAUCACUGGUGCACCUGCACGGCCUUCAAGUCGAUUGACGUGAAGGAGAAAAUCGCCACCGGCGGCGUGCGCAAGUUCCUAGACCACAUAGAGAGUAUCGUGAAAAGUUACAAGGACAAGAAGGGCCGGCGGCUGUGCGCGCGGCUCAAGCUGAAGAAGGUGCACCGGGUGGACCAAGUGAUCGACUUCGGCAUGGAAGGCGCGUCCAGCCUCACGUACUUCUACUUGAUUCAAACGACGCCCGGCACCGGCAAGUUCGAGGUCACCAUCAGGUACCACGGCGACGGCAAUUACACCCUGUCCGACAGCGAGGUCAGCAGAAUCAACCCGUACGCCACGAGCGCCAAGUGUCUGAAUCGCGGCAUGAAGCAGUAUUGUCAUUGCAUGAAAUAGACGCACCGCGAACUCGGAUUGUCGAAACUUUGUACUUCAUUAGCGUAGCAUCAAACUGAAUCGAUCACCGCGGGGAGGAGUCAACUUUUCGUAGAAAUGAGUUCGGAGAUUCAAUCACACGCGUAUAUCUUUCGCCUAGAAAAAAGUAUCACAUCAAAUACACAGCGGUUCUAGAAUAUUUGAACUUUGCUCUUCGAGAGCUGCUUAGAGCUUUUACGAAGCAAAAAAAAAACUUGGAUAACAAAAAGCCUACGUGACACGUCUCUUUUGUGCACCGAUCGAUUUGACCGUUUUGUUAAAUAUGUAAUGUAAUACGGUGGCUCUAAAUCGGCUUCUAAGUUGUACGCGCGCAAACGAGGCAUAGUUAUAUCGAUAUGCUUGCUUUGCACAAAAGUUGACUGCCUCAUCUCAAGGAACUAGGGACCUGAGUGGAUAUAAGUGGACAUAUCUCCGUUUACCAAGAAUAGCUAGAACUAGAUUUUUCUGAGGCCGUAGCAUGGCAUUUGAAUAAUAAACGAUGAAUCAAUAGUUGGUUCGGUAUCAAUGAAAUAGAUUCAUUGAUACGUUUAAGUAAGAUUGUUGUUAUUGACGAUGAAAACUAAUUAUCAGCUAAAUGCCAAAAAUUUCAAGUUACAAAGACAUUUGGAGAGAUGCAUAUAUUGGAAUGUAAAUAUCAGCUAAAUGCCGACAGUUUUUAGAUACCCGAAACAUUAUUUUAUCGAAACAUUAUUAAAAAACUCAAGACCUUAAAUUAAUACGAAAAAUACUUCUGUUAUUUGAAGAGUUUUGUAUAUUCGUGAAAUCGUAAAUAUUACUUUUGACAAUUAGCUGAUAUUUGUUUUCCGCUCUUCAUUUAUGUAGUUUAAUCGCGAGUGAAUAGUCGUGAGAGAACAAGCAUUGCGUGGAAAAUGAACCUAGUAAUGAAGCCUAGUCUUUAGUUUUUAUAAUUUAUCGAAUAUGUAAUUAAUGUAUUAUAUAUGUUAGGUACAUAUCGUUCGUACAUAUCGAACGUAACUUACCAAAGGUGCGCAUCGCUAGCUGUAAUUUUUUCCACGCAUCGUUGCACGUCAAUCGAUUGCAAACAUACGACACGUUACAUUCGGAUCAAUGUACUUUAAAGAUACAUGAAAGCGUAAGUGCGGUAUAAACACAAAAGAGCUGCUUGCCGGAAGAACGUGAACGUAUUUGCGCAAUACGAUAUCGGCAAUGUACAACGCUCGUUUCUUCUCACGAACGUACCAGAAGGCAUUAGCUGAUUUGUAAGUGUAACGCGUGUGCCUCUCUUACAAGAAGUGCCAAAUCCGUUCUGUGCUAACUGAGCGUUAAAACGAACUUCUCUACUUCUCGCACCGACGGCGAUCAUCAUAAACUGCGUUGUGUUACGUGAACGAGCACUAAACCAAAAUAUUGCGUUCAUAAUAAUAACUUUACAGCUUCCACACUCAUUUAAUAAAUUUUAUGAACAAGUUCUGUAAUGAAUUUGGGAUCUAUUUUUGCUUAGCAAAAAUGAGAUAUCAUAGAUUAAUGAGACAUGACACGCUUUGUUAGAACUUUUUAAUUAUAAAAUUGAUUUUUAAUUUAAUUUACGAAAGAAUUUAUUUUGAAAGUAUUCUCUGGGGGCCUAAAACACUGUACAUUCAAUUUAUUACGAAGCGUAUGAUCGCCCUCGCGUACGACGAAUAUGGAGUUUUACGUGUAAGCUGAAAACACAAAGGCCAAUGAAAAUAUCGUAAUAUAUAUUUUACUACGACAUUAUGUACGCUUUAUUCUUUAGAUGACGUAAGUCUCUAUGAUUUAAAGAGACGUAAUCAGUGAGUACUUUGUGAUUAUUUAGAGAUUGCCUACUUGAAAAGUCUCUGUCGGCCAUGUCAAAUCGAAUCGAAUUUUGUAGACGAUAGAAGUAGAUGUCAAUUGCCAAAAACAUUUCUCAGUGCGUUAUAUUCUUUAAGCAUACAUAUCUUUGGUUAUACAAUUUCCAGUUACUAAAAUUUUGAUUUUAAAUACAAACGCAAAAUUUGGUUGAACAAUUUUACGAAUAAAAUUGUUAUCUCACAAACUGUCUACAAAGUCUGCGUACACGUCUUUGAAGAUGGCAUGUUUUUAUGAUAAAUAAUUAAAUUAUUACUAACAUUA